CGCUGCUGCGCCUGCAGCAGUGACUACCGGGUUAACCUCGUGAAGAGAAGCAAUACGUUAGCAAGAUGCCAUCAGUGCAGAGAAAGGGAAUAAUUAAGGACAGUGCUGCAGCAGAAUAUCCUAAAGACAUACUUAAGAAGACAAGUCCUACUAUAAGAACCCUGAAAUGUCCUACUUCCAGUGGUGUAACUGAGAAAAUAGAGCUUAAAGAUGUACCUAAGGAGUCUAUUUGUAUAAGAAGAACUGCAAAAAGUCCUCUUUUCAAAGAUGAAGACAGGAAGUCAGAUUCUAAAGACAUACCUAAGAAGACAAUUCCUACUAUGAGAACCAGGAAAAGUCCUACUUCCAGUGAGGCAACCAAGAAACUAGAUCCUAAAGACAUACCUAAAAAGACAAGUCCUGUGAUCAGAUCGAGGAAGAGUUGUACUUCCAGUAAUGUAACCAAGAAUCUAGAGCCUCAAGAUGUAACUAAGAAGAUAAGCCACUUGACUAGAACCACAAAAAGUCCUCCUUCGGUUGAUGAAACCAAGAAACUAGAGUCUAAAGACUCAUCUAACAAGACAGGUCAUAUUACAAGAAACGUCAGAAGUCCUCUUCAGCAGUAUCAAGCUGAGAAACCAGUGAAAAGGCACUUCUGCUGCAGCUGGGGAUUGCCACAAAAAUUGACGGAGGAGUAUCCUCGACCAGCCUGGAAUUUUCACUAGGUGCUGCAGUGUAUCUGUUCCUUGCAGUCUGCCGUAACAGCACCCACAUGUAUGUGUUGUCUGGCUUCUCUGCUCACCAGUAUGUGUGUGAUCUGCUGCUGCAUAAAGCCCAUCUUCUGCACCACGUUACUUUAUUUGUAUUCAUGUCAAGACCUGUUUCAAAUAA